GAGCAGCAAUCCGACACAGAAUAAUUUGCCCAGCUUGCGGCUCUGCUUCGUCCCAUCGAUUCUCCUCUCCUUCUUCUUCUCCUUCUCCUUCUCCACACCCGCCUUUCUCUCUUCGUCUGCGGUUCCAUUCUCUGCGACUCCAUGUGCUCGCAGCCAUGCCUCCAUCUUCGAUAAGCCAAGAACCAAUUCCGCAUCUUGAUAUCCCCUUCCACCUCCGCGGCGUCCCAUUCGACUCCAGUCUCGCUACCCCCUUCUUCCCUACUAAGUCUCUCUCUUCUGCAUCUCGUCUCUCCAACUUUCUCUACUUGAGUGGUUCCCCCUUGUCUUUAUCUUCGCAGAGGAGAACUCGGAAGAAAGGCGUCUCCUGCGGUCUUUCUUUCAGAUGUUCUAAGUUCCAGUCGUUCUGGAAUGAGUACAAUAGGUUGCUUCAGUUGCACUGCGGGUGGGGGCCAGUUGGUUUUGCCCCGACCGGGAUCCCCUCAAACGAGAUCAAUUCUGUUGAGGAGGGUGGCAAUGGCGUUUUUGAGGAGGAGGUCUUGCCAAUUAAUGGCGUAGAGGUGGAAUCCCCCAAGAAAGUUCUUAUCUUGAUGAGUGAUACUGGUGGUGGACACCGUGCUUCGGCAGAAGCCAUAAAGACAGCUUUCAAUCAAGAGUUUGGUGACGAGUAUCAGGUUUUUGUGACUGAUUUGUGGUCUGAUCACACUCCUUGGCCGUUUAACCAAUUACCGAGGAGUUAUAACUUCUUGGUGAAACAUGGAACUCUAUGGAAGAUGACUUAUUAUGGAACUGCCCCUCGUUUAGUGCAUCAAUCCAAUUUUGCUGCUACAUCGGCCUUCAUAGCUCGAGAAGUUGCAAAAGGACUGUUGAAAUACCAGCCAGAUAUUAUUAUCAGUGUACAUCCGCUGAUGCAACAUGUUCCCCUUCGAGUCCUAAGGGCAAAAGGUCUUCUUGACAAGAUUGUUUUUACAACAGUAGUUACAGAUUUAAGCACUUGCCAUCCAACAUGGUUUCAUAAAUUAGUUACAAGAUGUUAUUGCCCUUCUUCUGAUGUGGCGAAAAGAGCGCUAAAAGCCGGACUAAAGCCUAAACAAAUAAAAGUUUAUGGUCUUCCUGUGCGCCCUUCUUUUGUUAAGCCUAUUCAACCAAAGGAUGAGCUGAGAAAAGAAUUUGGAAUGAAUGAGGACUUACCUGCUGUAUUAUUGAUGGGAGGAGGGGAAGGCAUGGGUCCUAUUGAGGCUACGGCACGAGCGCUUGGGCAGACAUUGUAUGAUGAGAGUCUUGGAGAACCAAUAGGUCAAAUGCUUGUGGUUUGUGGACGCAAUAAAAAAUUAGCCAAUAAAUUACUUACAAUUGAUUGGAAGAUUCCAGUUCAGGUCAAGGGUUUUGUUACUAAGAUGGAAGAAUGUAUGGGCGCAUGCGAUUGCAUAAUUACAAAGGCUGGGCCAGGGACUAUUGCUGAAGCCAUGAUUCGUGGUCUCCCUAUUAUUCUCAAUGAUUUCAUUGCUGGCCAGGUAAAGUAGUUUUCUCAAAUCCAUUAGAGUAUUUCCUUACAUCAAGGUAGCGUUCGGAAUCUUCAUGCACCAUUUGACAAAGCAAUUCAACUUUAAACAUUUUGCUAGUUGAUGAUAUAUUAACUCAUGUAACUUGUAUAUUUUUUAGUCAAUUUCUAUUCUAAUAAUAUGUUUAGAAUCUAGAGAGUUUAAACAUUUCAAUUUUGGACUGAUCCUAAUUAGCAAUUUGGUCU